CCCCUCCAUAUCCGGUCACGUGGCUCCACUUCCGGCCACGUCCGUGGGACAGUGCGGGAGGCGGUUCGUGUACAGUGCGGGAGACGAGCUGAUUUCAGAGACAGACAGAGACAGACAGAGACAGACAGAGACAGACAUGGAGUGCGUUCUCUCCGCACCGUUCCGCGUCCUUGUGGCUCCGAACCUGCGGGUGAAGCGCCCCUCCUGGUGCCGCAUGCCCUCGGCCAUGGCCGUCUAUGCCUGCGUGGUGGUCUCCUACUUCCUCAUCACAGGCGGCAUCAUCUACGACGUGAUUGUCGAGCCACCCAGUGUUGGCUCCACCACUGACGAGCAGGGACACCAGCGGCCCGUCGCAUUCCUCGCUUACAGAGUGAAUGGACAGUACAUCAUGGAGGGUCUGGCUUCCAGCUUCCUCUUCAGCAUGGGAGGAUUGGGCUUCGUGCUGCUGGAGCACUCAAAUGGCCCAGCGCUCCCUCGCCUCAACCGCUGCCUGCUGCUCUUCAUGGGCACUCUGCUGGUGCUGCUCGGAUUCUUCAUGGCACGCGUCUUCAUGCGCAUCAAACUGCCUGGCUACUUGAUGGGCUGAUGAUGAUGAUGAUGACGACGACACUAUCACCACACACAUCAUCACUGCACACAACCAUCACCACACAUCACACACCACCACCAAUCACAUCCGUCACCCUUUGCCAUCGGAAUCACUUGAAUAAACCCGGAGGAAUUUGGA